AUGGCCCCACUUACUGCUAAGAAGAACGGUAAAAAGCAUGCGCUGAAUGCGAAAGACAGUAAGGUUUCCAAAAAGGCCAAAGCCACUCCUGUUGAACCAUCUUCUGAGGAGGAAAUUCCUUCCUCAUCGGAAGAUGAGAAUGUGCUGGAUGGAGCCCUUUCCAGCGACGGCUCCGAAAGCGAAGACGAGCUUGACCAAAGCUCCGAACAGGAUGAAGUAGACAGUGAAUCUGAUGGCGAUCAGGACGAGUUAGAUGAAUCCGACGAGAGCGACGAUGAGCAAGAUGAAGUGGACGGUAGUGGGGAUGAACCAGGUGAAACUAGCAAAGAAGGUGCUAGCACUAACGGUCCAGGCCAACAUGCAGAGCAGAGGAAGCUGCUCAAGGAACGUAAGAUGCAGAGAAAAUCGGGCGCUGAAGUCCAACAAAUCAAAUCGCUUUGGGAGAGAUUGCGUGUGAACAACCCACCACCACCAAAAGAAGUACGUGACAAGCUGGCAAACGAAGUAUGGGAGCUAUCCAAGGAUUGCAUCAGUGACCUCGUGAUGAAGCAUGAUGCCUCGCGUGUUGUGCAAACUCUAGUGAAGUACUCUUCCAAGGAACGCCGCGACCAAGUCGUCAAUGCUUUGAAAGGAAAAUACUACGUCCUAGCCACCUCCUCCUACGGUAAAUACCUUCUAAUCAAGCUGCUCCACUAUGGAUCUAAACAGUCGAGACAAGUUAUCAUUGAUGAGCUUCACGGAUCUCUAAGAAAGCUUAUGAGACAUCGUGAAGGUGCCUACGUUGUGGAAGAUUUGUACGUACUUUACGCUAGCCAUGAUCAAAGGCAGCAAAUGAUCCGUGAGUUUUGGGGUGCAGAGUACGCUGUGUUCAGAGAUGCCCAUAAAGACCUAACUCUAGAACAAGUGUGCGAAACUAGCGCGGAAAAGAAGAACAUUAUCUCGAAGAAUUUGAUUGGAACGAUCAGUGCCUCCGUGGAGAAAGGCUCGUCAGGGUUCCAGAUUCUGCAUGCGGCAAUGCGCGAGUAUGUGAAGAUUGCUUCGGACAAGGAGAUUUCAGAAUUUAUCGAGGUUCUUGAAGACAAGUACGCUGAACUUGUGCACACACCAGAGGGUGCUGAAGUCGCCUGUACCCUAAUAGCUAAGGCCACAGCCAAGGAAAGAAAGACAAUUAUAAAGAAUCUAAAGGACCAUGCCGAUAACCUAAUCAGAAACGAAUACGGUAACACCGUGUUCACUACAGCUUUAAUUUGCGUUGACGACACCGUAAUGAUGUUCAAAUCCUUUGGGCCCGCUGUGAAGGACAACCUACAUAACAUUGUUGUCGACAAAUUUGGCAGAAGGCCAUUUUUGUACAUAAUCUUGGGGCUCGACGGCAAGUACUUCUCGCCACUCGUGAAGAAAGAGAUUCAGAAGUAUGUCGAGCUCUCUAAGAAUACAUCCAAGAAGCCAUUCGAGCAAAGGAGGAAAGAACUGUUGGGUAAGUUCGCUCCUUUGUAUCUCAGCACUAUUGUUAAAAGUUAUGACAGUAUUUUGGAGGAGACUCUCGGAUGUCAGUUUGUGAAUGAGGUUCUUGUAAAUGACGAACUGUAUGAACAGCUCAGCGAGAAGGACAAGCAGACUCACCAAGAAAUUGUCGACACGAUUGUAACUUAUUUCAAGGGCGACAUUUCUGAAGAAUCCCAUCCUAUUCACAGACCAUUUUCUGUGAGAUUGCUGAAAUCCUUGAUCCAAGGUGGUAAGUGGAAUGCAAAAGAAAAAACAGUAGAGCCUCUACAGAGCGUCAAAGGCCUCGGACCGGACUUUGCGCAGAAGUUCUAUGAAGAUAUCAUAGACGAGACCAACCUGCUCGACUGGAUAAAUAACGCGGACAGCUCCUUUACCAUAGUGGCCCUAUACGAAGCUCUGUCUAACGUGGGGAACAAAAAGUUCACCAAAGAUUUGAAAAAGGUUUCCAAAAAGAUUGACCGGGACAAUACUGCUAAUAAAGGUGCUCUAUUGUUGAGGAAACUGAUGGAUGCUAAGAAAUAA